AUGCAAAAAAUUUACGCUUUCGGUUAUAAUUCCUUUCGACAAACAAACCCGGAAAGCGAUGAUGAUAUUAUAAGUACUCCGUGCGAUAUUACAGAGGGUAUACAAUGCGAUAAUAUCAUUUGGUCUAAUAUGAGUUCAACUUUGGGCAGAAAUAACAAUGAAGGAAAAUUGAUAUAUUGGGGUUUCAAUGAUACAGAAAGUAAAGUUGUACCACCCACUUCAAUGAUUAACUUUUCUGCGCAGAAUCUGGUAAAAUGUUUUGGGGAUGAUAAUGGCAUUCAGGGAUAUCUAGACGUAAAUGGAAAUCUUCAUGGACGUGCUGAAAAUAUUUUUAAAUUUUCUGCAAAGUGUGUUGACGUUGAUCAAAUGUGGACCGGGAAUAAUGUAAUUGUCGUAACAGAGGAUGGAAAGUUAUGGAAAUUAAAUUUAAAAAAUAAUGAAGAACCAAAUGAAAUAAGACUUUCUGAUGAAAGCGAUAAUUUAAAUACAUUUUUCGUAAAUGUUGUUUGUGGAGAGAACCAUUGUUUGGCGUUAACUAAAGAUGGAGAAGUGUAUAGCUGGGGAUCUGGAAGAUUUGGACAGCUUGGACAUGGAGAAUUAACAGAUUCAUUAGAAAAACCCACGGUAAUUGAAUUUUUUCAGGGAUUGCGAGUGAAAAAAAUUUCUUGUGGAGGAUGGCACUCAGCUGUAAUUACUGAUUCGGAUGAUUUAUACACUUUUGGAUGGAAUCACUUUGGGAGGUUGGGAAUUUUCUUUGAAGAGAGUUCAACAGUGAAUUGUGCUGAACCUUCGCUGGUUGAGUUCUUUGGAGAGGAUAACGAGGAAUUGAAUGUAUUGAAAGUGGCUUGUGGCAGCGCACAUACUGUUGUUAUUACUGAUGAUUUUAGAUUAUGGAGUUGUGGAUGGGGAAAGUAUGGACAGCUGGGUCUAGGCGCUGAUAAACUGAAUGAUAAUUAUAAAUUCGUUCCAAUAGAUUCGACUGAUUUAAGAGAUAAAAAAGUUUUAAAUUGUUCAUGUGCUUCCAGUUACUCGUUUUUCUCAAAACAAAUAAAAACUACCAAGAUUUUCUUUUAUAUUCCAAAAGAUUCAGAUAUGGUUCUUCGUGGAGAAAGAGGUUGCUUUCCGCAAUUCUGCGGACGUGGAAAAAGUCCUAUUAAUGAUAGAAAUAGAAAUUCACAACAAACUUCUGAAAAUAAUGAUCCUCAAACGAGUUCAUCUGUCGUUACUGACACAACUACAAUUAACAAUCUUCAUGAAGAAGUUGAUAUUAUCGUUGAAGAACCUUCGGUUGCACCUCCUACACCAUCAUCAUUAACAUCAACAACUCCUGCAUCUGUUGAUCAACAACAUCAGCCGGCACAACAAUCGCGACGUAUUAUUAUUAAACCUUUAUGGGAUAUUGAAGAUGAAAUUGAACUUGUUAAUUAUGUUUGUGACAAUUACGAAUUAUUGAGUAAUAACAGAAAAUUAUUCUGGAAAGAAUUUAGUAAAGAAUGUAGACAAAUUCUCCUUUAUCCAAAAUCUAUCUAUUCUUGUAAAUCCAAAUUUUAUGCGCUUGUCGCUCAUCAUCAAAAUGUUGAUUUAUAUGAUGCGAUUGAAAGAUAUCUUGAUCUGAAGGAAGGUUUUGUCUCUUCAAAACGUUUACCUAUUUUUGCAAUUCAUGAAGAAACUAGUUCGUUUUCUUUUCAAAAGAAAUCUUUACGACCAGCUGCAGUAGCAGCUUCUUCAAAUAAGCCUCUGGCCAAUAUCUUAUUACCAAAAACUUCAGGUGAACUAACUCGAUCUACUUCAUCGCAAGCGGUGGUUCUUGCCAAAACUUCUUUGGAAACCAAUAAGGUAGCAGAUCCGAAUCCAAGAGAAAUAUCCCUCUCAGUAUCGCCACAACACAAUAUUAGGUCCGAAGACGAUGAUCGUAGAUCAGGAACCACUUCUCCUACAAAUAAUUCAUAUCCACCUAUUCAAGAAAGCGUGUUUGAUAUUUUACCAGCAGAUAUUUCUCAAUCGGCUGUUUCCAAUUAUGAUAAUCAUGCGGCAUCAUUGACAACUGUUCCUUCCACCUCUUAUAAUGAUUUCACUUUUUAUAUAGAAAAUAUUCGCCAGCAAAUCUUUGCCGCUCAAGAUUAUUUAAUCAGGGAAAAUUCUCGAGCUGAAGAUCGUAUUGAUUCGUUUAACCAGUUUCAUCAUCUUUUCAUCCAAUUGGAAAAUCAAUUGCAGAAAAUGAUGAUGAAAGAAUUGUAG